CAAGGAGCAGGCCAGACCCCCGUCCCUGACUCCUCACCUAGGAUCAGGGCAGCUGGUUGGGGUUUGUGGAGAAGGAUUAUCCAGAUCAGUCCCUUCUAAUCUCAGCUCCUGCCUGCACGCUUCCAGACUCGCAGCCCUCUUCCCCCACCACCCUCAGCUAGGGAACACAGUUUGGGGGAUUGAAAGCAGGGCCAUUGAUUGCCCUUACACCCUGGCUCCUGGCCCAGUCACUAAGCAGGACCUGACUUCCAAGACCAUGCCCACAGUUGAGGGCCAGGGGCUGGGAGCCAUAAGGGGGCUGUUCCUCUGUUCCCUCCCAAACCCCAAGCCUUAAUCCUCACAGCUUUGCUCUGAUCCGUGGGCCUGAUGCUCUUAUCUCUGCCUGCAUGCUGACCAGGGAGGGUCCUUCCAUCCUCCCCACCCCCAUGGCCAGUAUGGGGCCCACUCCCGUCUCUAGCACACACUCCUGCCCCCACCUCUCCUCUGAACUGGCCCAAGUUUCUAGAACCACACACCUCCUCCCUCCCUGGCCUCCCCCCAAUCCCUGCCUGCCAAUGUCAUUUGCCUGACGUUGUUGUCCCUGGCCCCACCCUUGCCUGUCAGUGCCCCGCUCUUAGUCGGGGCCAGGCCAGGCCAGCUCUUCUGGCAGCAGAGCUGGGGCAGGUGACAGGCAGGCGUCGCAGCUGAGGGAGCAAGGAGGUGCCUGGGAUCUGGAGCUGGAAGCCCGGGAGAGGUCCAGCCAGUGCCCAAGAGCCGGAGCUACCCCUCAACCUCUCAACCAUGGGGGAGAUGGAGCAGCUGAGGCAGGAGGCGGAGCAGCUCAAGAAGCAGAUUGCAGAUGCCAGGAAAGCCUGUGCUGACACCACCCUGUCAGAGCUGGUGUCUGGCCUGGAGGUGGUGGGACGAGUCCAGAUGCGGACACGUCGGACGCUAAGAGGGCACCUAGCUAAGAUCUACGCCAUGCACUGGGCCACCGACUCUAAGCUACUGGUAAGUGCCUCACAAGACGGGAAGCUGAUUGUAUGGGACACCUAUACCACCAACAAGGUUCACGCCAUCCCGCUGCGCUCCUCCUGGGUCAUGACCUGUGCCUACGCCCCAUCUGGGAACUUUGUGGCAUGUGGGGGGCUGGACAACAUGUGCUCCAUCUACAGCCUCAAAUCCCGCGAGGGCAAUGUCAAAGUCAGCCGGGAGCUUUCUGCUCACACAGGUUAUCUCUCCUGCUGCCGCUUCCUGGAUGACAACAACAUUGUGACCAGCUCCGGGGACACCACAUGUGCCUUGUGGGACAUUGAGACAGGACAGCAGAAGACUGUGUUUGUGGGACACACUGGUGACUGCAUGAGUCUGGCUGUGUCUCCUGACUACAAACUCUUCAUCUCGGGAGCCUGUGACGCCAGCGCCAAGCUCUGGGAUGUGCGGGAGGGGACGUGCCGUCAGACCUUCACAGGCCAUGAGUCGGACAUCAACGCCAUCUGUUUCUUCCCCAACGGAGAGGCCAUCUGCACUGGUUCAGAUGACGCCUCCUGCCGCCUGUUCGACCUUCGGGCAGACCAGGAGCUGACUGCCUAUGCCCAUGAGAGCAUCAUCUGUGGCAUCACAUCUGUGGCCUUCUCGUUCAGCGGCCGCCUGCUCUUCGCAGGGUACGAUGACUUCAACUGCAAUGUCUGGGACUCCAUGAAGUGCGAACGUGUGGGGAUCCUUUCUGGUCAUGACAACAGGGUCAGCUGCCUGGGGGUCACAGCUGAUGGCAUGGCUGUGGCCACUGGUUCCUGGGACAGCUUCCUCAAAAUCUGGAACUGA